AUGUCCCCGCUCUUGGACAGCAUCGCCACCAUCGUCGGCGUCUUCCAGCGGCACGCCCGCGGCGCCGGGAGCGGCUCCGGGCUGAGCCGCGGGACCCUGAGGGAGCUCAUCCUCCGGGAAUUCGCCGACGCCCUCGCGAAACCCCACGACCCCCAGACCGUCGAGAAGAUCCUGCAGUUCCUGGAGUGGGACGGCGACGGGGACAUCGACUUCAACGAGUUCCUCCUCCUGGUGUUCCGCGUGGCCAAGUGCUGCUUCUGCUUCCAGCCCAGGGCGCCGUUCCUGGUGCAGAGGACAAAGCUCCCGACCUGCGGAAAAUCCCUCCGGGAGCCGGAGUUGAGGAGCAGAGGGAGCCGCCGGCAGCUCCAGGAGGAGGAGGAGGAGGAGGAACAAACGUGGGAGAGGAAGCGUGAAGCUGAGCUGCAGCGAGACCUGAGGGUCUCAGGGGAGGUGGAAAUCUUGGAGGAGAGGAGGAGGGAUCAUCAGGAAUGCCGCAGGCGGAGCGGGAGGGACGCGGGACCGCGCGGGGAGCCGGGGGAGCCGAUCCCCCGGGAAUACCGGGAAGCGGGCCGGGACCCGUGCGAGCGGCAGGAGAGCCGGAGGCGGCGGCAGCUCCCGGAGCCGGACGGACGAGGAGAGGAGCGGGAGCGGCUCCGGCAGGAGGAAGCGGCAGACGUGAGGAUGGGCUGGGAACCGCGGCCGGAGCGGGAUGAGAGAUCCCAGCGGCCGCGGGGAGCCGGAGAGCUCCGGGAGGAGAGGAACCGGCACCGCCGGAGGGAGCUGGAAGAGGCAGCGCUGGGAGGGAGAAGCUGCCGGGCGGAGGAGCAGGAACGCCCGGAGUGCAGGCGGCCGCACCAGGCGUACCUGGAGGAACCGUUAGAGAUCGACCUCGGGGAAUGCGGGAGGACGAGGAGGGAGCUGGAAUCUGUGGAAAGGGAAAGGGAGAUCCGGUACGAGCAGGAGAGGGGGGAAAGAGAUGAUCCCAGAAGAAGAGGGAGAGUGAGAGAGAGGAGGGUGGAUCGGGAGCUGGAGCUGGAGGUCUGUGAGCGCCGCACACGGGACAGGGAGGAAGAAGUGGCUGCUGUUAUCCAGAGAGAGGCACGGGAGAGACGAGGGCGUGAAAUUUGUGAGGUUGAAGCUGAUGGGAGGAGACAGAGAGAAUCCGUGAGGUACGAGAGGGACAGAGAGAUCUCAGUGGCUGCAGCAGAAGCUGAUGUCAAAGUGCGCCGGGAGAUCCGGGAACCACGAGAGGAUCUGGGAAGGAGAGAACGACCCCGUGAGUGUGAGGAGGAAGAAGGAGAGAGGAGAAUUUCCCGGGUCAGAGAGAGGGAACAGUCCCUGAGGGAGAGGAGAAUCGAUCGGGAUCCGGAUCGGGAUCAGGAGCUGGAGGUCUGUGAGCGCCGCACACGGGACAGGGAGGAACGAGAGGCUGUGAUCAACCAGAGAGAGACACGGGAGAGACGAGGGCGUGAAAUUCGUGAGGUUGAAGCUGAAAUAGAUGCAAGGAGAGGACAAGAAAUCUAUGAGAGGAGAAGAGAAACCUCAGUGGCUGCGGCAGAAGCCGAUGUCAAAGUGCGCCGGGAGAUCCGGGAACGGGAACAACGAGAGGAUCUGGGAAGGAGAGAACGACCCCGUGAGUGUGAGGAGGAGGAACCGGAGAGGAGAAUUUCCCGGGUCAGGGAGAGGGAAGAGGCCGUGAGGGAGAGGAGAAUCGAUCGGGAUCGGGAACAGGAUCAGGAGCUGGAGGUCUCAGGGCGCCGCACAAAGGAAAGAGAAGUAGAAGUGGCCGCCAUCGGCCGGAGAGAGACGCGGGAGAGACGAGGGCGCGAAAUUCGUGAGGUCGAAGCUGAAGUAGAUGCAAGGAGAGAACAAGAAAUCUAUGAGAGGAGAAGAGAAACCUCGGUGGCUGCAGCGGAAGCCGACGUCAAAGUGCGCCGGGAGAUCCGGGAACGGGAACCACGAGAGGAUCUGGGAAGGAGAGAACGGCCCCGUGAGUGUGAGGAGGAGAGAAGAAUUUGCACCAAAAGAGAGAGGGAAGAGGCUGUGAGGGAGAGGAGAAUCGAUCGGGAUCGGGAACAGGAGGUCUGUGAGCGCCGCACACGGGACAGGGAGGAAGAAGUGGCUGCUGUUAUCCAGAGAGAGGCACGGGAGAGACGAGGGCGUGAAAUUCGUGAGGCUGAAGCUGAUGGGAGGAGACAGAGAGAAUCCGUGAGGUACGAGAGGGACAGAGAGAUCUCAGUGGCUGCGGCAGAAGCCGAUGUCAAAGUGCGCCGGGAGAUCCGGGAACAACGAGAGGAGCUGGGAAGGAGAGAACGACCCCGUGAGUGUGAGGAGGAGGAACCGGAGAGGAGAAUUUCCCGGGUCAGGGAGAGGGAACAGUCCCUGAGGGAGAGGAGAAUCGAUCGGGAUCGGGAACAGGAGCUGGAGGUCUGUGAGCGCCGCACACGGGACAGGGAGGAACGAGAGGCUGUGAUCAACCAGAGAGAGACACGGGAGAGACGAGGGCGUGAAAUUCGUGAGGUCGAAGCUGAAGUAGAUGCAAGGAGAGGACAGGAAAUCUAUGAGAGGAGAAGAGAAACCUCGGUGGCUGCAGCAGAAGCUGACGUCAAAGUGCGACGGGAGAUCCGGGAACGGGAACAACGAGAGGAUCUGGGAAGGAGAGAACGGCCCCGUGAAUGUGAGGAGGAGAGAAGAAUUUGCACCAAAAGAGAGAGGGAACAGUCCCUGAGGGAGAGGAGAAUCGAUCGGGAUCAGGAGCUGGAGGUCUGUGAGCGCCGCACACGGGACAGGGAGGAAGAAGUGGCUGCUGUUAUCCAGAGAGAGACACGGGAGAGACGAGAGCGUGAAAUUCGUGAGGCUGAAGCUGAUGGGAGGAGACAGAGAGAAUCCGUGAGGUACGAGAGGGACAGAGAGAUCUCAGUGGCUGCGGCAGAAGCCGACGUCAAAGUGCGCCGAGAGAUCCGGGAACGGGAACAACGAGAGGAUCUGGGAAGGAGAGAACGACCCCGUGAGUGUGAGGAGGAAGAACCGGAGAGGAGAAUUUCCCGGGUCAGGGAGAGGGAACAGUCCCUGAGGGAGAGGAGAAUCGAUCGGGAUCAGGAACAGGAGCUGGAGCUGGAGGUCUCAGAGCGUCGGACAAGGGACAGGGAGGAACGAGAGGCUGUGAUCAACCAGAGAGAGGCACGGGAGAGACGAGAGCGUGAAAUUCGUGAGGUUGACGCUGAAGUAGAUGCAAGGAGAGAACAAGAAAUCUAUGAGAGGAGAAGAGAAACCUCGGUGGCUGCAGCGGAAGCCGACGUCAAAGUGCGCCGGGAGAUCCGGGAACGGGAACAACGAGAGGAUCUGGGAAGGAGAGAACGGCCCCGUGAAUGUGAGGAGGAGAGAAGAAUUUGCACCAAAAGAGAGAGGGAACAGUCCCUGAGGGAGAGGAGAAUCGAUCGGGAUCAGGAGCUGGAGGUCUGUGAGCGCCGCACACGGGACAGGGAGGAAGAAGUGGCUGCUGUUAUCCAGAGAGAGGCACGGGAGAGACGAGAGCGCGAAAUUCGUGAGGCUGAAGCUGAUGGGAGGAGACAGAGAGAAUCCGUGAGGUACGAGAGGGACAGAGAGAUCUCAGUGGCUGCGGCAGAAGCCGACGUCAAAGUGCGCCGGGAGAUCCGGGAACAACGAGAGGAUCUGGGAAGGAGAGAACGACCCCGUGAGUGUGAGGAGGAAGAAGGAGAGAGGAGAAUUUCCCGGGUCAGAGAGAGGAAACAGUCCCUGAGGGAGAGGAGAAUCGAUCGGGAUCGGGAGCUGGAGGUCUCAGGGCGCCGCACAAAGGAAAGAGAAGUAGAAGUGGCUGCCAUCGGCCAGAGAGAGACAUGGGAGAGACGAGGGCGCGAAAUUCGUGAGGUUGACGCUGAAGUAGAUGCAAGGAGAGAACAAGAAAUCUAUGAGAGGAGAAGAGAAACCUCAGUGGCUGCAGCAGAAGCUGAUGUCAAAGUGCGACGGGAGAUCCGGGAACGGGAACAACGAGAGGAGCUGGGAAGGAGAGAACGACCCCGUGAGUGUGAGGAGGAGGAAGGAGAGAGGAGAAUUUCCCGGGUCAGAGAGAGGGAACAGUCCCUGAGGGAGAGGAGAAUCGAUCGGGAUCAGGAUCAGGAGCUGGAGGUCUCAGGGCGUCGGACAAGGGAAAGAGAAGUAGAAGUGGCUGCCAUCGGCCGGAGAGAGACACGGGAGAGACGAGAGCGUGAAAUUCGUGAGGCUGAAGCUGAUGGGAGGAGACAGAGAGAAUCCGUGAGGUACGAGAGGGACAGAGAGAUCUCAGUGGCUGCGGCAGAAGCCGAUGUCAAAGUGCGCCGGGAGAUCCGGGAACCACGAGAGGAUCUGGGAAGGAGAGAACGACCUCGUGAGUGUGAGGAGGACAGAAGAAUUUGCACCAAAAGAGAGAGGGAAGAGGCUGCCGGGGCGGCCGAAGCGGCCACCGGAGACCAGCGAGAGGAGAUCCGGCUGGAGGUCCUGGAGGAGGAGGACGAGGAGGAGCUGGAGCAGGGGCGCUGCCCGUUCCAGACCCUGGAGGUGGCCGAUCUCUGCCCCCCGGGACGGGAGGCGGCCGUCAGCGACCUCAGGGUCCGGUUCCGCCCCGCCGAUCCCGAGCUCCGGCCCGAGCUCCGGCUGCUCCCCGAUCCCGCGGCGCCUCCGGCCGUCGCCUACCUGGUGCACGUGCUGCAGAACCCGGGCGACGCCGGCGCCGCCGCCUACGAGAUCGUGUGCCGCCGCCCCGCGCCCGCAUCCCAGGAAAACCCCGAGGCUCCGGAGCAGCGCCCGGAAAGUUCCGGAAAAGAGGGGAAGGACGCGGCGCCGCGGGAUCCCGCCGAGCCGGAGGCGGUGAAAGGCGAGCGGGUGAAAUCCAGGGAGACGCGGAGGAGCCCGGAGACCCCCGAGGCGCGGCGGGAUCGGCCCCAGGACGCGGGAUCCCAGAAGAUCCCGCCCGGAUCCGGCUGCCGGCGGAGAGAGCGCGAGGACGGCUGGGCCAAGAGCUGCCCAGCGGCUCCGGAGCCUCGGGAAUGUCGGGAUGAGGAGCGCAGGGAUCCCGGAGAGGGAGCCCAGGAGGCUCCUGAGGAGCCCGGCGAGAGGAGCCGGCGGGAAUGCGGCGAUUCCCAGAUCCCUCGGGAGGCUGAGCAGCGCCAGGAGGCCGAGCCGGAGGCGCCGAGGGAUGAAUCCAAGACGUCCUGA